AUAUUUUUUUUAAAAAAAUUUUGUCAAAAGCUCUUUUAUAUUUAUCAGUUUCUUAUCGUUCACCUUUACAAUGCAUAAAGGUUUGACAUUUAUCACGGGCAGUCAAUUCCUUGGUACUUACAACAAUGCAAUACAUUGCAUGGAGGGUUAUGGAAAGUAUUUAUAUCCGGAUGGCAGUCAAUAUAAGGGCAAUUUCAAAAAUGGAAAAUUCCACGGUAUUGGCGAAAUGACGUUAACAAAGCCAUAUCAUUUUAAAUUUAUUGGCGAGUUUGAUAAUGGAAAAUUGGUGCAGAUGCAAGAAAUGUAUUAUGCAGAUGGAUUAAAGUUAAAAGCAAAAUUUGAAAAUGAUAAAUUAAAUUUCGAUGAAUGGAAAUAUUGUACGGAACAUGAUCGACGUACAUCGUGGGAAAUCUUAAACGGUAUAGGACCAACGGGACAACAAACGAUAAUGACUAAUUUAGAUGCAGGUACAUAUGAUCUCGGUGGUGGUAUUUAUAGAGAGGAUUCCGGUUGGGUCGUAAAAAUACCGCCACCAUUCUUUUCGAUACGCUUUUUAUCCUGUAAUAAGGAGAAAGAAUGGGUGAUAAGGAAUUGUCGCAGAGGUCCUUCGCACAGAGAUGUUCAGUACCCACCAGUUGAGCCCAUACCUGAAAUUGGUAAAAAAAUCAUCGAAACUAAUAGUCAAGAGCUCCAUGUAUUGCAUACUUGCGAUUGUGAUACAACGCUAGAGAGGCAAAUGGACGCUGAAAAUAUUUGGUUCGGACUGGAAGGGGUACGCGCACUAGAUUCCGGUGCAUCGAAUUCAAGCAGUUUAUGUAGUUUUUGUGAUGGCGUAAUGAAAGUGAAUCUUGAAGACAGAUGCCGCGAUGAAGUUGAGACACUGAAACAUGACUAUCAAGAGCGAAAGUCGAGAAUAUACUUUUCUGCGACUAAGGAUUUUUUUCCCAAGAAAGGUUUUCUAGAAGAGUAUACUUAAAAUGCGUCCAAAUCGUUCACAGUUUCUUAUAAGAUAAAUAUAAAAUAGAAAAUAACAUCUGCCUUAGUGAUUAGAUAUGGACGAUGCAAAAAGAGGCUAAGGAACAUUGAAAAUAAAUAACUUGUAAUAAAAACUUACAUCAUCUACAUAAAUUGUUGUUAUAAUAAAAAAUAUUUCUAUUAAAAA